AUGAUGAGUUAUGAUCCAGGGGUACGACUGGGUGGAUUUUGGACGUCGAAAAGAAAAAAAAUGAGUUCUGUACACAGCAGCGUUAAAAAUGAUCCUCGAAUAUCAUCACCUGGCCCUGUAUGGUUGUUUUUUCUUGGUAAUGCUUCAAUAGAAGAAAUGGCUGACUUGUAUGUUCCUAUAAACUGCAUAGUUGUCACUGCGUUUCUGAACAGAGAUGUUAUAGAAUUGGUAGAAGUAUAUCAACCAACACAUCAUUUUCCUCUGCAAAGAAACCCUAUUUUUGUGGGCAAGUUGGAUGAUUUAUCACCUUCUCAUUUAAAUGUUACCAUGGAGAGAAAAAACUACAUUAAAGAUAUGUUUGGAUUUGGAUUAAAAGUCAGUGUUAUUCAUAAUCCACCAUUGUCGAUAUUAACAUACGGAGAAAAUUCGCUAAAUGUAACUGGAUUCUUGCCUGAAGUCUGGGAAAUUGCUGAAAAAAUAAUAAAUUUUACAACACUGUACAUUCCAACUCGGGAUAAAGUUUUUGGAGCAGUUGUAGGAAACGGAUCAUGGUCUGGAAUGAUGGGAGCUCUACUGCGCAAUGAAACAGAUGCUGCACUGGGUUUAACAGCAACUCUACAGAGAAGCUACUUUGUGGAUUUCUGCCUUCCAAUUAUCUUCACAAGUUAUAGAGUAUACAUUCGAGACUAUGGAAAUGUGACUGCUCCUUGGCAAAAUUUCAUAUUGCCAUUUACUCGAUCGUUGUGGAUUGGAAUCCUCAUAUGUUUUGUAAUAAGUGCAAUGAUAUUAUCAGUGAGUGAGUACGUACACAAGAUGAAUGAAACUGUCAAAUCCUCAUUCCCUUUGGUUAUGAAUGAAUCUCUUUUUGGAAUAUUUGCAGUAUUUUUCUGCCAACAAGCUAAUGUUCCUGAAUCAAAAUAUGCUACAAGUCGCAUUGUGGUUUUCUCUAUGUUUCUGACUUCUAUUAUCCUUUUCGGAGCUUACUCUGGUGCAUUAGUCUCACACUUAACAGUGAAACGUUCUCGAAAUAGUUUUACUUCCAUUCAUGAUCUCAUUGAAGAAGGAUCUUACACAAUGGCUGUCAUUUCUAGUUCAGCAAUGCUAUCUCAGUUUACACCUCGUCAAACUUCAUUCAGUAGGAAUCCUAAAGAGAUUGCAGAAUAACUAUUGGAACACAAAUUUUCUGGAUGAAAAAGUCAGCUUUUCAACUUUCCAUCUGCAGCAAUUUUCAUGUCCCUUACUUAUCUUCUUAGGAGGAAUAAUACUGAGCUUUUUACUUCUUUUGGUGGAGAUAUGCAUGCAUAAAAACUACAACAAAAAUCGCAGGGAUGAAUUACAAUAUUAUCAACAUAAUUAAUUUAAUUAAUAUAUACAAUUCAGUUUAUAUUAAAUAAUAAGGUGCACAAAUUAAAUCAUUAAUUAAAUGCACGAUUGCAAUUAUUUGAUACUCUUAUUAAUCAUUUGAAAAACAAAUGGUC